AUGUCUAACCAAAAUGAAAGCUAUCCCACUCGACGCACUCCUGCUGAGAGAGAGAUGACAAACUCUCUUGCCAUCUUGCGUCGUGACAUGACCACUGUCAUGAAAGACGUUGCUGAUAUCAAAGCAAAAACUUUGAACACUCCUGUAUCUGCUGUUUUGCAGAGUCAGCCAAUGGCUUUAGUGCAUGCUGUUGCUCCUGUGAGCAUGGAAAUGAAUGUAGCUGGUUCUCCCACCAUGGCUUCUGAUGCAAAAUCAGUCAACAAAACAAAAGCCUAUAGACUUCUUCGGGAGCAUUUAUGGGACCCUAAGUUUAAGUCAAAACAUUUGGCUGAAAUUCAAGCCAACAAUGGCAAGCCAAGGUGGAACACGACUGUCAACUUCAACCAGUCACCAAACACUGAGUUGACAGAAAACCUUGUUGCCUACUUGGAAAGAAAAUUCGUAGGAGCAGGACUAAGAAAAAGUGAUGUUCGUGACUUUGUCUACACGAACUUCACUAGCAGAAAGCGUGCAGCUAAUAAAUCUCAGGCUAAAAAGAAGUCAGACAAUGCUUGCAACAGAAGGAGUAACCGCGAAAAAGAGCACUUGAAACGUCGCAAAACAGCAUACCAGUCUAACAAGACUGCUAUUGAUGACAAGAUGAAAAGAGAUUGCUCUGGUCUCAUUAUAGAAGAGGCUAUGUCUGUUGGUGAGUCAGACGAUGGCACUUUGCCUCAUUACAACCACUUCAUCACACUUGUUGACAACAAAGUGGUAGCUGAUUUAGGCUUAAAUAGCCAUCAAUUGCUGUCACGUGCUUUUGGUGAAACUGUUGAAGGAUCAGUCUCUGAUGCAAUUGCGUCACAGUUUCCUCAGUAG